AUGGCUGUUUUCUCACCACUGCUCAUCCUGACCUGCUGGGUAAGCUCCCUCGUCGUGUUUGGCUGGUGCAGAGAAGAGACGUGUCUUCAGGAUGGACGUCACAAAGACUCCCCCAGUCCAGAGUUCUCUCUGAGAGAAUGUUCACUGUACAUGGAGUAUGCAUGUUGCUCAGAGCAGAACAUUGAGGACCUCACUGUUCCUCCAGCUGCUGUACACUGGGACAGAUGUGGCUCUCUGAGUCCAGUGUGUGAUUCUUUCCUAAAAAGAGUGGUGUGUUUUUACCGCUGCUCACCUGAUGCUGCUCGUUGGAUAGACCCUCAGCAUGGUUCUGCCCUCAGAGCGGUGCCGCUGUGCCACAGCUUCUGCAGAGACUGGUAUAAAGCAUGUAAAUCAGACCUCACAUGUGCUCGAGACUGGACCAGCGACCCCAGAGGACUAAACUGCACCGGCAGCUGCGUACCGUACCAACAGAUGUACCAGCAUGGCCGAGACCUCUGUGAGAGCCUCUGUGGUGACGUUUUUAUGACAGUAGAGGAUAAUGCAGAAGAGAUCGAAGGUGGCUGUUUGACCCUCAGCGCAUCAGACCAUCGGGUCAUAGCUGCUCUGAAAGCAGGAAAGAACCCAAACAUGCUGGACACCAUCAGAUGUGGUCAGAACUGUCCUGGGUGUUCACACAGUCCCGCUGCUGUGGCCCAGAAGAGCAACAACAACCCGGUGUUCCGAAAACGCUCAGUUCCUGUCCAUGACUCGGAGGGCAGCGGGAGCGGCUUUUAG